GGAAACACUGCACUCCAAGGAGUCUCUCUGGCUUGCUUGUCCCCUGCAUACAUAUAUUAAUUAAAGCCAGAUUAAGCAUCAAGACAGAGUAAAACAGCUUCUUCACGGAGGGAGAGACCAAGAGAUGUGUUCGGAGGAUAAGGGAAGAGCAUACAAAGGCCAUGUGCUUGCCUUCCCUUAUCCGAGCCAAGGUCACAUCAAUCCCAUGCUCCAAUUUUCGAAGCGCUUAGCCUCCAAAGGCCUCAGGGCAACCCUCGCCAUAACCAAGUUCAUCUCCACCUCCAUGAACCCCCGUCCCUCUGCCUUGGUCCACCUUGACACAAUCUCCGACGGACAUGACGAGGGUGGCUUCUCUCAAGCUGAGAGCAUCCACUCCUACCUCUCCCGACUAGAAUCGGCAGGCUCAGAGACCCUCUCUGACCUUAUUCUCAAGUACAAAGAAACGGACCACCCGGUCGACUGCAUCAUCUAUGACUCCUUCCUCCCGUGGGCCCUUGAUGUGGCCAAAAAGUUUGAUCUCUUGGGAGCGGUCUUCUUCACUCAGAGUUGCACAGUGGAUUAUAUAUACUACCUUAUUCAUCAUGGGCUCUUGAAGCUUCCCAUUCCAAGUUUUCCUGUUACAAUUCCAGGAUUGCCCUCGCUCGAGUUAAGGGACAUGCCCUCCUUCAUUUAUGUGGCAGGUUCAUACCCAGCUUACUUCGAGAUGGUGCUGCAUCAGUUCUUGAAUGCAGAUAAGGCCGACCAGGUUCUUGUCAAUACUUUCUACAAGUUGGAAGCGGAGGUGGUGGAUACGAUGUCGAAAGCUUGCCCACUGAUGACGAUUGGACCUACAAUCCCAUCAAUUUACUUGGACAAACGGGUGGAAGAUGACAGCGAUUACGGGCUCCACCUCUUCGACCUCGACUCGUCAGAUAUCACCACGUGGCUCGAGACUCAACCUCCAAGGUCCGUUGUCUAUGUGUCCUUCGGCAGCAUGGCGACCCUCAGCAAUGAACAGAUGGAGGAGCUCGCGUGGGGGCUCCAUGGCAGUGGCCAACCCUUCCUCUGGGUCGUUAAGGCUUCCGAGGAUUCCAAGAUCCCUGAGAAAUUCAAGCGAGAGAUCACAGCAGAGAGAGCGUUGUUGGUCCGGUGGAGCCGCCAGCUUGAAGUUUUGUCAAGUGACAGGAUAGGGUGCUUCUUCAGCCACUGCGGGUGGAACUCAACGAUUGAGGCACUGAGCAUUGGGCUUCCGAUGGUGGCAAUGCCACAAUGGACAGACCAGACCACGGAUGCAAAGUUGGUGGAGGACGUCUGGGAGGUUGGAGUUAGGGUUAGGGUUGGAGAAGACGGGAUCGUGAAGAGGGAGGAGAUUGAACGUUGCGUAAGGGAAGUGAUGGAGAGUGAGAGAGGGAAGGUGAUGGCUGAGAAUGCUACAAAGUGGAAGGAGUUGGCCGUGGAAGCCGUGAGUGAAGGGGGGACUACAGAUAACAACAUUAACGCUUUCGUUACCGAGAUCGUCCUCAAAAGAAGUUAGCUAUAUGUAAUUGCCAUAUGUUGCGUGGUGAAAUAAGGAGUAACGAAGGAAAUAAGUCAAAUAUAUACAGAUAUAUAAACAUAUAUGUGUGUGGUUACCUAUUCUGAAUCUUAUGUAUCUUUCUCAGUUUUUUUU